AACAUUGAAAAAUCAUUCAUCAUCAACCAUCCAUGCUUUCUUUAAUUUUAUCAUCAUCAAAUCAAAUAAAAAAAUAAAAAAAUUGACCAAAUACAAACAAAUAGUAGAAGAAGAAAAAAAGAAAGAAAGCAAUAAGAAAUUGGCACUUGGUUGAGACUAAAACAGCUUCAAACACCAACACUCAACUCACAACACUAGUAGCAGUACACUACAAUGUUUCUUUCUUCUUCUAAUUCUUCUUCUUUCACUUAAAAAAAAGAACACCACGCGCGACAACACAAAUACUCACGCGCCACCGAUUCUAAUGGGUUGCACUGCUUCCAAGCUAGAAAAUGAAGACACCGUACGACGAUGCAAAGACCGUCGCCGUCUCAUGAAAGAAGCCGUCUACGCGCGUCAUCAUCUUGCCGCCGCACACUCCGAUUACUGCCGUUCUCUCCGCCUCACCGGCACCGCUCUUUCCACAUUCGCCUCCGGUGAACCUCUCUCUGUCUCCGAUAACACCCCCGCCGUAUUCAUCAACCAUAAAACAACCACCACUCCCACCACCACAACAACAACCUUCCACCACCCACCACAACAACAACCACCGCCACCUUCUUUCUUCCACCGUCCUCCACCACCACAACCAUUUCAACCUUCACCUUCUCCGACCAUAACAUCCUCUAAACUCCCACACAUACUCUCUUCUUCAUCAAUCCCCUCAAACAACCAAAACCACCACCCUCGCCGCCGUAAACAACCGCCACCAAAACUACCUCACAUUCUCUCCGAUUCAAGUCCUUCUUCAACUCCACGUAGCAAUGCUUCCAACAAUUUCGCUUCCAAUUUCUUCCCUACAGCACAUUCUACAUACUCUUCAACCCCUUCUCAAACUUCCUCAGUUUGGAACUGGGAAAAUUUCUACCCUCCUCCUCCACCACCACCUGGUUCCGAUUACUUCGAUCGAGAACAUGAACAUGAACAAGAACAUGAAAAUGAACAUGAACAUGAACAUGAAGAUUCUACUUCACAAUUCUCUUUCAAGUCAAGAAACAGUGAAGUUUCUUAUUCCCGACAACAACCUCAACGGCAACAAAACCAACAACAACAACCUCAACAGAAACAACAAACAUAUCAGCAACAACGUUAUGUUAAUCCUACAGCACAUGAAGUUGAAGGAUUUGAUUCUGAGAGAUCCGAAUAUGAUUAUUUCAAUGGGAAAUUAGCAACUGUUCAGAAGAAUCAUCAUCAGCAGCAGCAUCAUUUGGAGGAACACACUGAGACUGAGAGAGAAGAAGUUGAGUGUAGUGAAUGGGGAGAUCAUUACAGUACAACAACAUCAUCUGAGGAUGAUGAUCAUGAGGAUGAUGAUCAUGAUGAUGGAGUUGAUGGUGAUGUUGAGUCAAGGUCUGAGAUUGGGACUAGGUCGAAUUUCGGGUCAUCGUCUGCGGCAGCUAAAGGGUAUGUGGCCGCGGUUGGGAAAUCGGACGACGUGGCAUCGUCAUCUUCGACAGGUGAAGGACUGAUGGAGAUGAAGAUGGUGGUGAGGCAUAGAGAUUUGAAGGAAAUUGUUGAUUCUAUUAAGGAGAAUUUUGAUAAAGCUGCUGUUGCUGGAGAUCAGGUUUCUGAGAUGCUUGAGAUUAGUAAAGCUCAGCUUGAUCGAAGUUUCAGACAAUUGAGGAAAACUGUGUAUCACUCUAAUAGCUUAUUGAGCAGCCUGAGCUCAACUUGGACCUCAAAACCACCAUUGGCAGUUAGGUACCGGCUUGACACCGGUUCGUUGGAUGAACCGGGUGGUGGUCUGAAGAGUCUUUGCUCCAGCUUGGAACGCCUUUUGGCUUGGGAGAAGAAGCUCUAUGAGGAAGUCAAGACUAGAGAAGGUGUGAAGAUUGAACAUGAAAAGAAAUUGUCAGCACUACAGAGUCAGGAAUACAAAGGAGACGAUGAAGCGAAGAUAUUCAAAACCAAGUCAGCGAUAAAUAGGUUGCAGUCCCUAAUUGUUGUUACAUCACAGGCUGUGUCUACCACCUCGACCGCCAUUAUUGGCCUUAGAGACUCUGAUCUUGUUCCUCAGCUUGUUGAGCUCUGUCAUGGAAUGAUGUACAUGUGGAGAUCAAUGCAUCAGUACCAUGAAGUCCAAAGCAACAUAGUGCAGCAAGUCCGUGGCCUGGUGAACAGAUCAGGAGGUGAUUCAACUUCGGAACUGCACAGGCAAGCAACUCGUGACCUUGAAUCAGCUGUCUCGGCUUGGCAUUCAAGUUUUUGUCGCCUUAUAAAAUUUCAACGGGACUUUAUUCUCUCCUUGCACGGUUGGUUUAAGCUUAGCCUUAUUCCGGUUGAUAACGAUAACAUCAACAACAGAAUGGAACACUCUGAUGCGUACAUGUUUUUUGAUGACUGGAAGCUUGCACUUGACCGUGUCCCCGACACAGUUGCAUCUGAAGCUAUCAAAAGCUUUAUCAAUGUUGUCCAUGUCAUAUCUUCCAAACAAGCUGAAGAACUCAAAAUAAAGAAGCGAACUGAGAAUGCUUCCAAGGAACUCGAGAGAAAGGCUUCGUCUGUACGGAAUAUAGAAAGAAAGUUUUACAGCUCGUAUUCUAUGGUAGGGAUUAGCCUUCCUGACACAGCGCCUGAUAACGGACAAGGCUUGGAUGCGCGCGAUCCACUUGCUGAGAAAAAAUUGGAACUAGCAACAUGUCAAAGGCGCGUUGAAGACGAAAUGAUGAAGCAUUCGAAAGCUGUAGAGGUAACAAGAGCAAUGACACUCAACAAUCUACAAACAGGCUUGCCUGGAGUCUUCCAGGCGUUGACCAGUUUUUCUUCGCUGUUCACUGAGGCUCUUGACUCGGUCUGUACUUGUUCGUAUAGCAUCAAGUAGGUAUAAUAUAAUUUUAUUUGUUAUUAUGCAUGGGAUCAAAGUUCUUUAUAAGGGCUGGGAAUUUUUUGGCGGCAAGCUCUUAUUGCUCGUACUAUUUCGAGUUAUUAUAUUUUGAAAUGUAAAUAUGAAGAAUUUUGUGGCUCUCCACUUAUUUUGUUGGGAAAGGGAAUUUUCUUAUUGUACAGGAAAAUUUCUUGGUUUAUUGUAUAAGAGGAUCGCAAAUUUCAAUAUAUCAAUAAUUAAAAUUUAA